CCCGCGCGGCCCCGGGGGGCGGGCAGCCGCCAUCAGCUCCGCGGUCCCGCCCCGCCCGCACAGCCCGGCCGGGAUGGCGGCGGCGCGGGGCCGGGUGCUCUGUCUCUUCGACGUGGACGGGACCCUGACGCCGGCCCGGCAGAAAAUCGAGCCGGAGGUGGACGCGUUCCUGCGGGAGCUGCGGGAGAGGGUGCACAUCGGCGUGGUGGGAGGCUCCGACUAUGCCAAGAUAGCCGAGCAGCUGGGGGAAGGGGACGAAGUCAUUGAUAAGUUUGACUACGUCUUCGCAGAGAACGGCACAGUGCAGUACAAGAACGGGCAGCUGGUGUCCAAGCAGGCCAUUCAGGACCACUUGGGGGAGGAGCUGCUGCAGGAUCUGAUCAACUUCUGUCUCAACUACAUGGCGCUGCUGAAGCUGCCCAAGAAACGAGGGACCUUCAUUGAGUUUCGCAAUGGAAUGUUGAACAUCUCCCCCAUUGGCCGCAGCUGCACCCCAGAGGAGCGAAUCGAGUUCUCCGAGCUGGACAAGAAAGAGCGGAUACGGGAGAAGUUUGUGGCAGCCUUGCAGAGGGAAUUUGCUGGCAAAGGUCUGCGUUUCUCUCGAGGUGGCAUGAUCAGCUUUGACGUGUUCCCAGAGGGCUGGGACAAGCGCUACUGCCUCAAUGUGCUCGACGAUGAGAGAUUUGACACCAUCCACUUCUUUGGGAACGAGACAACCCCUGGAGGGAACGAUUAUGAAAUCUAUGAUGAUCCCCGCACUGUAGGACACAGUGUCCAGUCCCCGCAGGACACGGUCCAGCGAUGCCGUGAAAUCUUCUUUCCAGAAAGAGCAAACGAGUGCUGACUGCCCGCUCCCUGCAGCCCUGCCCCGGUCCCACCCUCUCCCCCCACCAGGAAAAGCACCUUCAUUUGUGGAAUCUGCUCAGGGUAGACCAAAAAAACACUUGACAGAGCUGGCCAGGAUGUAACACCUGGACUGCAGAGAGGAGUUUCUCAGCUGCCUACCACCAUCUACCAAGGCACCACCAUCCUCCUCAGGCGAGAGACACUGGUGCUUUUAGACCCAGGGCAGGGCUGGAUCCCCACAUUGCCAUGGGCAAAGUCCCUGGUGGCCCUUGGCACUGCUGCCUGGCCACAGGAGCAGGGAUACUGCAUGACCAGUGCUGGUGGGGUGCUGUCUCCUCCACCUGACUGCACCUCCUAACUACAACACAUCAGAUCUCUGAUGCAGCACAUUUGCAUGAGCACAGCAGUCUGCCUGGCAUCCAGAAAUCCCCAGCAAAGCCACAAAUUCCUCUUUCUACCCAGGGAAGAUUUCUGUGUGGGACAAGAGGACCUGUUGGAGAAGCUUGUGUUCAGGAUACCCUUUUCACAGGUCACACAUUUUGGCCCUCCACUGCAACCUUCGUGGAGGAACUGUGUUUUGUGAUUCCUUCCUCUCUGUUUCACUGUGGAUCAGGAUAUGUGUGAGUCUUGGGGAGUUUAUUUUUCCUGUGAGUCUAUUCAUAGCCAGCAGGACUUCUGAUGAGCUUAGUGAUGAGUGAAGAGCAGGGUCUGGCCCUGACGGCGUGGGGCACCGUGGUGGCCUUGGGGGCUGAGGUGACAUGCACCUUUGAAGUGAAAGGCAUUUCAUGCCUGUCCCUGAGGCCCCUUUGCCAUGAUGCUCCUCUCGUGGUGGGUGCCCGCAGCAUCACUGGGGUUUCUCCCCAUGGGUGUGAGCAAGCAGACGUGGCAGGCCCUACCUGGGACUGUCCUGCUGUUUGGAUCCAUAUCAGUGUGAGAUGGGCAGCUCCUGUCUGGCUGAUGAAACUGUUAAAUGAGAAAUAUAUUUAAAUACAUAGAUGUGUAUAUUAAAAAAUUAAAAUCAAUCCUAUUAAAGCCACAACAC